UGACAAGUUCGUUGAGGUUGUCGUUAACGGUUCAUUCCUAGACACACACUCUGCCUCUCCCACCACCCUUCACCGUCACCGCCGCCGGUGGUCUCUUCAGAUCUGCAAUGGCGGCAGUUGAAAUCGCAAACGCAGGCUUUUGGUUCAAGACAGGCCCGACACUCAGCCCGAGUAAACCUGGGCCGUGGAGGCGAGUUGUGGCCCAAAACAAGCCUAAUCGGAAACCCCCAACCCCAAGGUGCUCUCUCGUCGAUCAGCAGCAACCCGAGGCUCCUUCGUCCUUGUCUUCUUCUUCUUCUUCUCCGUUCACCAAAGAAGAGAAUUCACUGAUCGAAGCUCUCAUUGGCAUCCAGGGCCGCGGCCGCUCCGCUUCUCCGCAGCAGCUCCAGGAGGUUGAAAAAGCUGUGAGGAUUCUGGAAGAUUUGGAAGGCAUUAGUAAUCCAACAAGUUCAAGCUUGAUUGAGGGCAGAUGGCAGUUAAUGUUCACGACUAGGCCGGGAACAGCAUCACCAAUACAGAGGACGUUUGUUGGUGUAGACUCUUUCAGUGUAUUCCAAGAGGUGUAUCUUCAAACCGAUGAUCCACGCGUGUCCAACAUUGUGAGGUUCUCUGAUGUAAUAGGGGAACUGAAAGUUGAGGCGGCGGCAUCAGUUAAAGAUGGAGAAAGGAUUCUUUUCCAGUUUGAUAAAGCUGCUUUCUCUUUCAAGUUUCUGCCCUUCAAGGUUCCAUAUCCAGUACCUUUCAGACUUCUUGGGGAUGAAGCUAAGGGCUGGCUAGACACGACAUAUUUGUCACAAACUGGAAACCUUCGCAUUUCGAGAGGGAACAAAGGAACCACAUUUGUCCUCCAAAAAGAAACAGACCCAAGGCAAAGAUUUCUGUCUGUCAUAUCCAAAGGCACAGGGGUAGCCGAGGCAAUUGAUGAGUUCAUCUCAUCCAAUCAAAAGGAUGGAAACAGUGAACUGGAGCUUAUUGAAGGAGAAUGGCAAAUGAUAUGGAGCUCCCAGGUUGAAACUGAUAGUUGGAUAGAGAAUGCUUCAAAUGGUCUAAUGGGCAUGCAGAUUGUCAAACCAAACGGCCAACUCAAGUUUGUUGUGAACUUACUGCUUGGCUGCAGAUUCUCCAUGACUGGCACAUACUCUAAAUCGGGUGGCAACACAUACGAUGUCGCAAUGGAUGAUGGAGCCAUCAUAGCUGGGCCUUAUGGACUUCCUACUGAACUGAAAAGCAACUUCGUCUUGGAGUUACUAUAUGUUGAUGAGAAGAUCAGAAUUUCGCGUGGAUACAACAAAAUUGUAUUCGUUCAUGUGCGCGUUGAUGGAUCAAACUAGAAAUAAUAAAGCAACUCCAGCAAGCUAAGAAUCCUGGCCUAUUUAUGAUAGUUGUUUAUAUUAAGAAUACAAGUGCAUGUAAUAGUCAUUCUUACCCAUUGUACAAGCUAGAAUUUCAAUCAGAAACAUACGUUGAUGCUCAAAAACUACACAAUGAAUAAGGUUCAACUUAAUUGCAAAGAAAAUUCAAUCCCACCA